GACUAAUUUGUUUUUCAAAACAAACUUCACCUUCACUUAACCAAAGUAUUAUUUGGCUAAAGUAAAAGCUAGAAAAUGCAGCAAGAUGAUGGCCAGGAAAAAACACAGCAGCUGCAGAACUUUCAAUCGGAUGACUUGCUGGAAAAAUUGAAAUUACUCAACUACGAGAAGCAUUUGCUGAAGGAAUUCAAACUGAAGCCGUUGUCACGUUUCUAUUUCGUGAAGGCCACAAAUCCCGGUGAGCAGUUCUAUAUGUUUACGUUGAUAUGCUGGUGGCUUUGCAAGAAACUUGGAAAGGAUAUGGAACGGCCACAGGAGUACGAUGAUCCCAACACUGUGGCUGCCAAAAUCAUUCAAUUGCUUGGGGAGAUUGAUGUCCCCGUCGACUUUCAACCAAAUAAGCUGAUACGUGGAGCCGGACCCAUUUGCCUGAUGGUCCUGGAUGUCCUUUCCACGCAGGCCUGCAAAGUGGCCAAGGUGGGUUACCAAAAACUGCACAUCGCCCAGGAGGAGGAGUUCCUCGGCGAUUAUCUCGAGGAUAAUGCUGAGAUAAUAUUGGAGAAGCUGGAGGAUGAGCAGAAUGCAGCCGCUUUGAGUGACGACAGCGACAUGGAGUUGGAGUCGCACAAUUUCAGGCAACUCAACUGGCUAAAUCGACCGCAAAAGAAGUCCAUGGGUGAUGUGAAUCUGGAUGAGCGGAGUCAGGAACUGAAUGCCCGGAUGAGUGACCAUCAGGAGUGGCAUUUGGAACUGGAGAGGGUGCUGCCCCAUCUGAAAGUAUUCGUGAAGGCAGAUGCCCGCGACUGGAGAACACACAUCACUCAAAUGGAGGCCUAUGAAAAGAGCAUAUCAGAAUUGUCGGAAACCACCGAAACUCAGCUAAAGAAACUGCAUAGUGAGUUCACAUUCAGUUUGGAGAAAAUCGAGAGUCGCGAGAAGCAUCUGAACAACGAACUCCAACCGUUGAUUCAGCAGUUCAAGGAACUCUCCAUCGAACUGUCCGCCAUUCAGUAUGCCCAGAAUCAAGUGCAGACGGACACGGAGAAGCAGAUGGCCCAGCUCAGCGAGGUCAUCAUGGAGCAGGAGCUCAAAAAAGAGGAAAUGGAGCGACGUGGCCAGGUCAUGUCAGAUGGCAGUUCGGUGCAGCAGAUCAGGAAAUCGAUCGUCAAGCUGAAGGAGGACAUCAACCAGCUGAAUCUGGAGGUGGCUCUGCUGGUGCAUGCCCACGAUCAAGAUAUUGUGGUGCGGCAGUUGCAGCAAACCACCGACCUGGCAAACAACCCAUAGAAUACACUGUAUGCUCUAUACCAAGCUGAUAAGGAACUACUUAGCAUACUAUCUGAUUAUAUGUACCAUAUAUAUCCCAUCCAGGGGAUGUCCCAGCCCGAUCUUUUCACACCUCGCAAAUGGGUGUGCGGUUGCUCUCGUUUACACUCGUUCUC